AUGUGUAGGGCCGUGUUCGAACAAUUUCUCCAUUCUGAUCUUCCUGUUGCAUACGAACCACUUGCUAAAGUCCCAUCGCUCGCCCUUAGAGCUGUCAUUGUGAAACCAAUGAUCUUUCAGCCAAUAUUUUAUGUUCUAUUCGUUAUCAAUACAACUCGCUCAUGUUAUGACCAAUAUUGCGAAUGUAUUGAGAAUAUGGACGAUUUAUCAUGGUUUCAUGGUGAAGAUGACGGAACCAUCAUGUCUGAGCCUUCGGGUAGCGAUCAACGUAUAAAAAGCUCAGGACCUCGCAGACUACUGAAGAUGAAGCUCUCUGACGGUCAGAAUGUAGUGCAUGCUAUAGAAUACGGUGGAAAUUUGACUUUGGACGAAAAUGCAUUGCCAGGAACCAAGAUACUUUUGACAGCCAGGGUUCUUCUUCGAAAAGGUAUUUUGCUGCUGAAUCCAGCAAACUGUCAGGUGUUGGGAGGUGAAAAUGGGAAGCCGCUUAAUCUUGCUCUCCAGUUCGCAGAACGCCUAGGCAUCAAACACGAUGUGAAAACAAACUGUCGCAUUGUUCCGGAUGUUCCAUCUGCACUGCCGUUACUAAUGAAGUCAGAAGAGCAGAAAUGUAAGGAUACCCGGAAGAGCUCAUUGAACGUGUCGACCAUUUCCCCAUUUCUUGUGCGCAUCCCGCGAAUACCAGAUCAGCUCUUGCAUAAUCCAGAAACUGACGCUCAGAAGACGGAUAUUACGGUCAAGAAAGAGAUAUGUGAUGGCGAGAGAACGGCAGUUGUUCCACCACUCCGAAUUUUGCCCUUAAGUACAAUGCCGCAGGAUGAGAAAGUCGAGGAAGCGAACCAAUUGGAUAGCUCACCAAGAUGUAAUGUGACGCCACCUAUGCGGAAGAGAUUGUUAUUGCCACUGCAGAAUUCUGGAGUUUGUUCCGACUCGUGUCCAUCGGGUCCAUUGGAGGUAAACAUAAAGAUUCAUAGCAAGUCUGACUCUAGAUGCGGUCAGGAGUCGAAAUAUACGGAGAGGUCGUGUCAUGGUGAGGCUGUGCCAGCACAGCCUGAUGAGAAACUUAGACAGCUUGCCGUGGUGAGAAGACUGCGCGAUGGCACACCUGAUCACAGCCUGUCACAAACAAAACAAGCAAGGGUGUCAUUGUUGGAGAAACUCCGAAGUAGUGAUAUCACUCCGCCGGUUGAAAGCUUCCGGUUACGACCAACUACGGAAACUCGGUCUGAUGUGCCAUUGGGUGAUCCUCUCGCCGUUCAAGUCAGACAAGAGAAAACUUCCUCAUUUCCACAUAAAGUUAUCACAUCUAGUCGUCAUUCUAGGACAGAUUUGGAUGCAAAUUUUUCAACAACGGAUCAAGUUAACACGGUCAGUACACAGGAAAUGUUAAACCUACCAUGUGGAGAGACCAUUCCUUUGCAGGAUCCUGAUUUUCUAUCCAGCAUUGAGGAGUCUUUCUCGAAAGACACUAGCACUAAUGGACACCAAUCUCCUGUUCGAAGUCACUUUUCAACAGAACCUCUUCCGACGGCCGUUGUGCCUUACAAGCGAAAGCGCAACGACGAACCAGUGGGAAAUACUAGUAGUUCCGUUGUUUCCUGGCCGAUGUCGAAAUCUCCUCAAACUCAGAAGUCGGUCAUGGAAAAGUUUACUGAAUUGAAGAUUGUUCGUGUAGGAGAAGCUCUUUCUCAGAGAAAGUUUUGGAUGUUACCAAAAAGAGUUAACGUGAUGGGUUUUUGCCAUAUCAAAGGUGAGCUGGCUGCAAAGCAUGGAUCGUGGUUGCUCAAUAUAGAUCUCACUGACGAGUCGGUUGACUCCCAAACUUGUGAAGUUGAUUCUCAGCUCCUCGAGAAGUUACUCGGAUUUUCUGUAAAACAUUGUGAGAAGAUGAACUUCCUAAAGAACACACAUGAGCUAUCACGUUGUAAAGAAAGAGCGUUAGAGGUGAUGAAAAGUUUUCAACGUCUGGAUUUGGUCCUAACAUUGGAAAUACAUCCUCAGAAGGAUAAGUUACCAGUAGUAGUAGAUGUGCGCACAUUAGCUGAAGCUUUUGAUGCGUAUUAG